AUGAAAAAUAUAUUUUUCAUCUUAAUUUUUAUUUUUCGAACUACUAAUCAAUUAUCUUGUUUUAAUCAAAAUAUUACUGUUGAAAUACAAAGUGGGGAAUGGCUUAAUAGUUCUUCACUUAACAAUAUGUAUUUAGAACGUAUUCACGCACAAAAAUGUUAUGGACACGUAUUAACUUAUUAUGAAAAAAAUCGAAGCCAUAUCUUAUAUACAUUAGGUGCACGAAAACAUAUAAUAGAAAAAAAAAUCGAAGAAUUUAUUGAUAAAUUUCAUUUUAAAACUAUAAUCUAUUUUAUAUUUAUAAUAGAAUCAUUUCAUAUUAGAGAAUUCGUUAUUAGUGCAUAUAUUAUUUGUCGAAGAAAUGAUAAUUGUGCUUUAAAUUAUAUGAUAGAUUUAGUUAAAUCAUAUCGUGAGAAUAAAAAUCCUAUAGAUCAAUUAACACCAUUACUUUAUGAUUCUGAGAAAUUAUCAGAAUUAAAUUGUUAUAAUUCUGAAACUAAACAUAUUGAACCAUGUUCUACACAACAAUAUUCAACAUGUAUGAUUAAUAAUACUGAUAUACUUGAACAAAAAUGUUAUACAGAUUCUAAUAUACGGCUAGAAUAUGAAUUUAUGAUAAAAUUAUCAAAGAAAAAUUCGAUAACAAAAAUCUUUGAAUUAGUUAUAUGUAAUAUAAUUGGUUGUAAUGAUGAAUUAGUUUUGAGACAAGUAGAAACAAUUUUAUAUAAUUAUACAUUAUCUGGAUUCAAUAUAACAUUUAAUAAUUCGAAUAAAUUAAACUUUUAUUUAUUUAAUUUGAUUUAUUUGUUUAUAUUGUACAGUAAAAAGUAA